AUGAGAUAUUAAAAUGAUCCUAAGCUAAAGUCAUAUAUUGAAUGGGCACAGAAAAACGGAGUUAUUAUGGAUAAACUGCAUUUCCCAGCUGCAUUUGGGCCUGACCAUUCUUAUUUUAUGGGAUCUGCUGCAAAGACUGAUAUAGAGUAUAAUGAAGCAUUUGUAUAUGUUCCAAACAGAUGCCUCAUAACAGUAGAAAGAGCUCUAUCCUCAGAAAUAGGUUUUAUGUUUGAUAAUCAUGAUAAUUUGUACAAGUCUAAUCCAGAUAGAGAUUUUUUGACAAUUUUAACUUUUCUGAUGUUUGAAUUCCAGAAAGGGGAGGAGUCUUUCUGGCAUCCUUAUUUCUAAGCUGUUGAUCCAGGCUAACUCACAUGCUAUUGGGAAGAGAAUUACAUAAAUGCACUUAGCGAUAAUGAAUUAAAAGAGCAGAUUUCAGCUUACAAAGAAAGUAUGGAAGAGGAAUGGGACUAAGUCCACAAAGUAAUGAGAGUUUACCCAGAUUAUUUCAAUCCAGAGAUAUGUAAUUAUGAGAUGUUUAAGAAAGCAGCUUGCUUCAUAGCCACAAGAUGUUUUGGAUGGGGCUUGCCUACUACUAUUCUAGCACCCAUUGCUGACUCAUUCAAUCAUAGUUCAAAGUCAGGAAAUAUGAUUGACUUUGUUAAUAAAAGAUUGCAUGUUAUGCAGAAUAAGAUUUAUGGCUAUCAAUUUAACUUUGAUGUGGACAGUUCUUCUACAGGCAUUGAUGAUUAGUAUGAUAAAUCGACGUCCAAAUUCAAGUACAACAUCAAAAGACUUUUUAAGGAAGAUUAAGAUAUAUCAUCUGAUUCAAAUAAAUUAAAACUGAUUGAAGGUGAUCAACCUACUCAAGAAGAAAUUAAAGACAGAUACGAUGAAUAGGAGGUGUUUGAACGAUUCAAGAGUUUACUUAAAUCAGAGAUAAAUAACAAUGAUGAGGAUGAAACUGAGGAGCAUAAAAAAGAAAAGUUUCCAGAUCAUGGGAUGGAGCUUUGGGGAAUCGGUUAUGUGAGCAGUGACUAUGAGUAGGAUGAUGAUUAAGAUGAUGAAGAGGAAGAUGCUGAGGAAGCAGCUAUGAAUGAGGAACUAAAGAGAAAGAUAUUGCAUGAUUAGGGAUCUCCUGAAGACUUUGGUAUGGAUGAGUUUGAAACUAUCAGUAGUAACACUCGACUGAGAGAGAUAUAUUCAUAUAGAUGGUGGCAAGAUAAUGAUAGCGACAACUACUUUGUGAUGAUUAACAAGAAUCAUAGAACUAUCAAAGCUGGAGAGCAGAUUUACUAUAACUAUGGUAGAAGAACAAAUGCCUAUCUUUUGGAAAAUUAUGGAUUCGUGUUGGAUGAGAAUAAUCAAUAUAAUUCCUUAGAAUUUAGAGUCAUUAUUGGAACUAACCCCAAAGAACAGAUUAAUCUUGCUUAAGAUCUCCUUCCAGAUCAAAAGAUACUUGAAGAUAGAGAAAAUAUAGAUACAACCACUGAGGUAAUGAAGGUCAAAUCAUACAGAGUAAGUGAGGGCUUUUUCGCAUACUUGAGAUCAGUUUUACAAAACAACUAUAAUGGAGCAGACUCAUAGUUCCUAAUGGUAUCCUCACCAAGAGUCAUUGACUAUGAAUUGAUUAUAAUAGAUUUCGCUAUUGAUCUUUUGGAAUCCUUUGGUAAAAGAGAACUCUUUAAGUAUCACUCUUUAGAAUAAGAAAUUAAGAUGUUUGAGCAAGAAUAGGAUUAUAAGAUGCGUUUUAUUCAUCAACAUAAUAUCUAGAGGAUGAAGAUAUAUCACAAUCACAUAAAGUUCCUUAGAGUUCUCAAGGCUAUAAUAGAAUCUCUACAAGUUGAUCAAGAUACUUUCACAAGAGCAUGUUUAAGAAGAAUUGAGGGUAUUGAAGAUGGUGAUAGUGACUAUGAGUUAUUCAAGAGAAGAAUGGGUAUGAGAAAUUAUUUCAAAGAACUCAAAAUGAACAUUCAAAGAAUCAAGAGAUCGAAGACAGAGAAACAAAAGACUAAAGAUGUUAAAGAAGAGAAAAAGAAGAAAGCAAAGGACCCAAAGCCUAGUACAGCUGCAGCAAACGGCGAUUAAUCAAAGUAAGAUUGUGAGAAUUAGAGUGUAAUGAAGACAACAUCCUCCAGUAUGAGAUCUAAAUCACAAGUAAAAAAGAAGAAGAAGUGA